CGUUUGCAGCCGGACGACAUUUGAUCAAGCAACGGUCUCAUCAUGGCGAGACACCUUCGCUUCAUUGCGCGGACAGUGAUGGUCAAAGAAGGCAACGUCGAUGCGGCGUACGCGACUUUAAACAGGAUGCUGCUUAGGGAGGGGAUUAUCGACACAGUGAAGCGCAAACGCUACUUCGAGAAGCCCUGCAGAGAGCGGCUGCGGAAGAACUUUGAGAACUGCAAGCGUAUUUACCACAUCGAAAUGGCGAGAAAAAUCCGCUUCAUCUCGAGGACGAACAGAGAGGAUCCUUGGCUCGGCUACUAGGGGAACGGAGUGUGUUGGAAAAAGGAUGGUGGACUGAUUGAAACUGAACCGACAGAGUGGAGGAAGCAAACAAGAUCCACACAGUGUCACCAUCACAUCUGGAGAGACUCGGACUAUUGUCACGUUGUUUUACAUUGUUUGUAGAUGUGCGACAAGUUAACAUUCGUCAGGAAGAACGCAGCAUUCCUUCUGAUUGUAAUGACAAGGUUAACGAGCGCCUUUAAAUAUUCCUAAUAAAUAUAUGACACCAUCAACAAAGACAAA